CAUUACCACUUAUGCUGAGAAUUACUUAAUAAAAUCUCCACUUUCCCACUAUAACCAUAUCCCAUUAGCAAUAUUCCACCCUCUCUCUCUCUCUCUCUCUCUCUCUCGGCCUCUCCAAAUAUCUGUUUUGUUCAAGCUAAGCCCUGUAAGCUAUAAGAAUAUAUGGUCAGACCAAAAUUAAUUCACAUCACAACACCAAACCCGCAGAUAAAAUGAGCUCAGUUUGCAUAUCAAACUGUGUCAAUGAUACGCGAGACCCACGGGUGCCUGUCCGAGCGAAUUAUGUGAACCUCUACAAGUGGCCGGAGCCUGAUGCUGAGCUCAUAAAAUCUGUCCGCCGUGUAGCUGGUCAUGGCUUGCAUGGCCACCCAAGAGUGGUGGACAGCAUCUCCUGCAGGCAGAUGUAUCUGAGGAGCUACACGUUUUCAAGAAAAGAAAGUAUGCCAGAGAAGACCAAGAAGUGCCUUGAGAGAGUGAAAGAGAAGGUGACUAGUCAUGGAAAGAAGAGAAAAGAUCAUCAAGUUAAGGGUGGUCGUAAAGGGAGGUGUUUGGUGUUUAGGGAAGUGAAGGAAAUAUCUUGCAGUGCCUUGUUUAGGGUCUUUCACAGGCUGUUGUCCUGUACUGCUACGGUAGAUGUCGUCGAACAAAAAGAUUAAUUAAGCUCCCUGACCAGUAACUAAUUUGAUGUGAUUAUUCACUUUCGUCCGUUUUCUUUGUCUUUUUUAUGCUUAAUGUUUGUUAAUUAGUGUGUUUUGUUUUUUGCUAUGAUCACUUUGCUGAAGGGAUGAAAAUGGGGGAACUGUGGAAGAAAUCAUGGGUCGGAUAUUUGCCUGUUUUGGUCAGAAAUCAUGGGAAUUUUGUCUAAUUUCGCAACUUUUUUUUAAUAUAUAUAUGGCAAUGAAGAAUAAUAUCUUAUUUUGCAUAUA